UGUCCUUAACCCUGCCGCAAAGUCAAUUACAGUAAAGGCGAAAUGAGACAAGGCAGCUGCACCUCUCGGCCGAUUACUCUCUGAUGAGAAGUCUCCAAAGCCUUUGGGAAGAACGUUUGUAGAGUGAUUGUGUCCCGGUAAUUCUGUCGGGAAUCUUUGGAUUGUGUCUGGCCAGUGACUGCGGAGAAGAUGUUUUACACAAGUAUUGAGAAUUUACUGAGGGCUGCCUUGAUAUUGUGGCUGAUGUCGCCAGGAUUUUCUUACUCUUACUUUGCCAUAUCAGAGCAAGAUGAAAGCAGAGAGAUAUGCCCGGAAAACAAAAUAAUUACAACUGAGUAUCCAUGCCUGAAGUCCACCGGAGAAGUGGCGACCUGUUUCAGAAAGAAGUGCUGUCGAGGUUAUAAAUUUGUCCUUGGCCAAUGUAUCCCAGAAGAUUAUGAUGUAUGUUCAGGAGCUCCGUGUGAACAACAGUGUACUGACAACUUUGGCAGAGUGCUAUGCACAUGUUACCCAGGAUACUACUUUGACCGUAUGAAGCACAAGAACAGAGAGAGACCUUAUUGUCUUGAUAUUGAUGAAUGUACCAAAAGCAAUGGAACUAUAUGUUCUCAUAUCUGCCUCAACACUCCAGGGAGUUAUCAAUGUCUAUGCAAGGAAGGUUUCUAUCUCAAAGAGGAUGGAAAGACAUGCAGCAGAAUUGAAAGUGCUGGCCAAUACAUAAAGUCUGAUACUGUGAUGGAAACUGACACCUGUUCCACAACCUGUGAAGAGUUCCAACAGAUAAAACAGACAGUACUACAGCUAAAGCAGAAGAUCACUUCACUGCCCAACAAUGUUGAUGAUAUUAGUAAACAAAUAUCAAAUAGUCAGAAGUUAUUUGCUUCCAACAGUUACAAUUCCGGAUUCAUUGGGCUUCCUGGGCCUUCAGGACCUUCAGGUCUCCCUGGUCCCAAAGGAAGCACUGGUCCAAAGGGACAAGCAGGACCCCCAGGACCACCAGGACCCAGAGGACUCAUGGGACCUAUGGGCCCAUCUCCUGACAUAUCUCAUAUUAAACAGGGAAGAAGAGGUCCAGUGGGUCCACCAGGAGCGUCUGGAAGAGAUGGUGCCAAGGGUGAAAGAGGUGCACCGGGACCGAGGGGAUCCCCUGGUCCACCAGGGUCCUUUGAUUUUUUGCUUCUGAUGUUGGCAGACAUUAGAAAUGACAUUGCAGAGCUCCAAUUGAAGGCUUUCGGCCGUGGAAAUCAUGCAACUGUGGAGGAGCCACAGAGUCAUGAGAUUUCUGACUGGGGAUCAGGUGAAGACCACAGACACAGAGGUCCAUCACAGGAAUUCCCAAAGAGACCAACAGCAUGGAAGUGAAAUGACUUUCAAAACUGCUUCGUAAUUCUUUUCUAUUGGGACCAGACUGAAGGGAUUGAA